AUGGAGCUCACCAUGGAGAACCUUCACAGCAUCUCCUCGCACUCCCAGGUGGGGAACCUGAUGAGCUCGCGGCCGUCGCCUUCCCCCAGCUCGGCUUCACGGAAUCUGGUGUCGCACGCCCCCGGCGCGCGCUCGGCGAUGGUCUCCGGAGGGAUGACCUCCAUCCUGGAGAGCUCCGGAGGAGACUACCGAGCCGAUCCGUCCUCGCUGUCCGGACACCUGCACCCGUCCAUCAGCAUGUGCGAGAACGGGAUGAGUCUGAGCAACACGUACACGACCCUGGCCCCUCUGCAGCAUCUACCUCCCAUCUCCACCGUGUCGGAGAAGUUUCACCAUCCGCACUCGCACCAUCACGCCGCGGCCCACCAACGACUCUCCUCCGGGAACGUCAGCGGCAGCUUCACGCUGAUGCGGGACGACCACCGCGGGCUCGCCCCCAUGGGCAAUCUGUACAAUCACUACCCCAAAGAGAUGUCCGGCAUGGGCCACGGCUCGCUGUCCCCGCUGCCGAGCGGCCUGGGCUCCUUGCACAACCCCCAGCAGCCGCUUUCGUCUUACGGCCCGAGCGCGCACCUGCCCGCCGAAGCGAAAAUGCUUUCCCCGGUGUCGGGCUUCGAGUCCCACGCCUCCAUGCUCUCCCGGAGCGAGCAAGAGCACCUGGCGAGGAGUUUAGGAGGCCACGGCCACAGCAUGAUUUCCAACUUAAACGGCAUGCAUCACCACCCGCACGGCCACCUCCACUCGCAGCCCGGCGGCGCCGUGAUGCUGGCGGACCGCGAGAGGCACGGCCACGGCAGCGGGCAGGGGGUCGCCGGCUCGGGGAUCCAGGCGGAGGAAAUCAACACGAAGGAAGUGGCCCAGAGAAUAACGGCAGAAUUGAAGAGAUACUCCAUCCCGCAGGCCAUAUUCGCCCAGAGGAUCCUGAGCCGGUCCCAGGGGACCUUGUCGGACCUGCUCCGCAACCCCAAACCCUGGAGUAAGCUUAAGUCCGGCCGGGAGACGUUUAGGAGGAUGUGGAAGUGGCUGCAAGAGCCGGAGUUCCAGCGGAUGUCUGCUCUGAGACUGGCCGCAUGUAAACGCAAGGAGGAAGACCGAGGACGAGAGCGCAACCAGGUGCCAAAGAAGCAGCGACUGGUCUUUACAGACCUGCAGCGACGUACCUUGGUAGCCAUCUUCCGAGAGAACCGCCGUCCCUCCAAGGAGAUGCAGCUCACCAUCUCCCAACAGCUGGGCCUGGAGCUUUCCACCGUCUCCAAUUUCUUCAUGAACUCGCGCCGCCGCUGUCCGGAUCGUUGGGACACCGAGGAGCACGGUCACGGGGCGCACGGCCACAUGCACGCCGCUCAUAGACACGGCGGCAAUGCCAGCUCCUCGCCCAUCCACCCUGGCACCUCGUCGGUCAGCACUUUCUCCAAGGCCUGAGGGGCAAAGAGCUUGAACACAAGCGUGGAGGACGCAAGGAGGGGUUGUUUAAAUGAAAGCAGUGAGCUACAGGGUGUGUCUUUUUAUUUUAUUUUAUUUUUUUUUUAAGAUCUGAUUCAUCUGCUCGGUGCGCUUACGAAACGAGCAGAAGAAUCAGAUCGUUUCUGUAAUUCUGAAUGUUACUAUCAGGGGUGAACUCUUCAUAUACCAAAGAUACGGCCUCUUUAAGCACGUGGCUGACAACUAAAAGAAGAGAAUGAGAUCGAAGGGGUUAUUUUGCUUUGUGCUGGU